UGUGAGGUCGAGGUGUUCGAUCACAAACAAGCUUUUAUCUUUGGUUAGCAUUUUCUCAUAUAUUAUUAGCCACUUGCAAUUUAAUAAUUGCCUUGUAUGACCUAGAUGAUAGGAAUUUGUUUCCUUUAUAGGGUUAAACUUAAUUGUAGGAUGAAGAUAUAAGACUAAACUAAACUUAAUUAUAAAUAAAAGUUCAUUAUACAAUUUAAAAGAAAAAUAACAAAAAAAAGAAGUUAAAAAACAUCAUGGCUAAGUUUGCUUCCAUCAUCACCCUCCUCUUCGCUGCUCUUGUUUUCUUCGCUGCUUUUGAAGCACCGAUGAUGGUGGAAGGACAACAACCAAAGUACUGCAGGAAGCAGAGUAAGACAUGGUCAGGUUUAUGUACAAAGAGUGGUUCGUGCAAGAAACAGUGCAUCCGCGUCGAGAAAGCAGCUCAUGGUUCUUGCAAUUAUAUCUUUCCAAUUCACAAGUGUAUCUGUUACUACCUUUGUUAAUAAAACUUUAAUUUUCA